AUGGAGCAAGAUUACAUACAUAUGCACAACAGCUCUCUGCAUGGCUGUGGCUUAGGAUACAUUCCCAUCGUCUACUACAGCUUGCUUCUGUGCCUGGGGCUACCAGCUAACAUUUUGACGGUCAUCAUUUUGUCCCAGUUGGUGGCACGCCGGCAGAAAUCCUCCUACAAUUACCUUUUAGCCCUCGCAGCUGCUGACUUGCUGGUGCUCUUCUUCAUUGUCUUUGUUGACUUUUUAUUAGAAGACUUCAUCUUGAAAAAGCAAAUGCCGGAGAUCCUGGACAAGAUCAUCGAGGUCUUGGAAUUUUCGUCCAUCCACACAUCCAUUUGGAUUACUGUGCCACUGACCAUUGACCGGUACAUUGCAGUCUGCCACCCUCUCAAAUAUCACACGGUGUCUUACCCAGCUCGCACUCGGAAAGUCAUUGUCAGCGUCUAUAUUAUUUGCUUUCUGACCAGCAUCCCUUACUAUUGGUGGCCCAAUAUUUGGAAAGAAGACUACACGAGCACACUGGUCCACCACAUCCUCAUUUGGAUCCAUUGCUUCACUAUCUACUUAGUCCCCUGCUCCAUUUUCUUCAUCUUGAAUUCCAUCAUUGUCUGCAAGCUUCGGCAAAAGUGCAAUUUCCGCUUGAGAGGCUAUUCCACUGGCAAAACCACAGCCAUCUUAUUUACAAUAACCUCCAUUUUUGCCAUCCUUUGGGCACCCAGGAUUAUCAUGAUACUCUACCACCUUUAUGUCACACCAAUAAACAACAGCUGGUCGGUCCACAUUGUCUCAGACGUUGCCAACAUGUUGGCUCUCUUGAACACAGCCAUCAAUUUCUUCCUCUACUGCUUCAUCAGCAAACGAUUCCGCACCAUGGCAGCUGCGACGCUGAAGGCCUUCUUUAAGUGCCAGAAGCAACCAGUCCAGUUCUACACCAACCAUAACUUUUCCAUAACAAGCAGCCCCUGGAUAUCCCCCGCCAACUCCCACUGUAUCAAAAUGCUGGUUUACCAAUAUGAUAAGAACGGAAAGCCUAUAAAGAUAUCACCGUGA